CACAAACUAAGAUAUUUGGAAGAAUGUCAGUAACCAAACAGAUCUUGCCCCCCAUUGACUACCAUAGUAUUUAUUUUUCCUACUAUGGUAGUACAGCAGAACAAAGAAAUUCAUACAGGUUUGGAACUACUUCAGGGUGAGUAAAUGAUAGAAAUUUCAUUUAUGGGUUAACUAUCCCUUUAAGGGAGAUCAGAACUAGUUGUCACAAAGGCUAUAAAAAGGUUUUUAAUUGGUUCUUACCCCAUGUAGUGUCAUCCUAUCCCAAGAAAUGUAAACACAAAUGAUCACUUAAGUAAAAAGUGUGACCACUAGCUCCGUUUUUCCACCAAUUUACUGUAUUUUUGAUCAAAUAAAUGCGACCACUUCCUUAAAAAGUCCCACCCAAACUUUUGAACUGCAACGUAGGCCAGUUAGACGAAAAAACAUUGUGCUCACGAGUAUACUUAAUUUUAUAGACACUGAAUUUACAAAUAAAACUUGCGAAAGUUUCCACAGUGGACAGCCAUCACCUGGUACGUUUUUAGGAUGUGAAUAAUGAUUGACAGAUGCACCAGUUCGUAAUGAUUGUUUUUUUUUUGUUUGUUUGUUUUUCUAAAACUAUGCGUUUUACAAAUACAUUUAAGAGAGUCGUUCAUUACAUGCUUGGCCUGAAUUAUAGCUGGACAGUUUGUUGGCGUCUGGUAUUAAGUGUAUAUUGGUAGUACGGGGGUCUAAUCUUGGCAUGAGGGGCUGGAGAGGGUGGAUCAGAUGUCAGAUCUCUGACUGGAACAGCAAUCGCGCCUGGAGAUUCCCAAAGACUCCGUGGGAAGGAUUCUUACGACUUAAUAACACAGCUAAACUGUCAGACGAGACCGAGAGCAGAAAAUAGGGUGUAAGAGGGAGAGCUGCUGGUAUUUGAAACUGGAUGGGAGAAGGACUGAGCAGUAAGAGGGCGGGCACCGACUCGGAUCUGUGUAUUUUUGACACACUCCUAUAGGAACAUGGCCACGAGCAGGGUUGGGAUACAGCUGCAGUUUCUGCUGUACUCGGUGUCAGCCUACCUUUCACCGUACAAUCUGGAUAAUUUCCUCCCGAUUCAUACAGUUCGGGAUCCACAUGAUGUUUUGAAAAGAUUUGACCCUUGUUGUCUGCUGGCCCCGCCUCCCCCUCCUUUGUUCCCGCCCCCUUCUGGCAUCUGGAAAAGAGACUCUACCUUGCCUAGGCCUGUGGAGAGGAUAAGAGAGAAAGAGGAGGAUGAGGAGCAGGUGAAGGAAUGUUGUGUGAUGGGACCACCAGGACCUUCUGGACCCAUUGGACCACAGGGUCACAGUGGCAUUCCAGGGAUUGAGGGACUCAAAGGAGAUAAGGGUGACAUAGGACGACCAGGGUCAAAGGGUCAUACUGGGCGUCGGGGUCAGCCAGGGAAACCAGGUGCUGCAGGGCUGCCCGGCCCAGAGGGACCUAAGGGAGAGAAAGGAGACCCAGGACUAAUGGGAAUGCCAGGAAGGAGGGGACCAGCCGGACCUAAGGGCUUGUCAGGCUACAAGGGUGAGAAGGGAGCACGGGGGAAUUUUGGUCCUGCAGGUCCAAAAGGAGACAAGGGAACAAAUGGACUGCCUGGGAUGCUGGGACAGAAGGGUGAAAUGGGACCCAAGGGUGAGUCUGGCGUCUCAGGGAAGCGUGGCCCUACAGGACGACCAGGCAAGAGAGGCAAACAGGGGCCUGAUGGGGAGAGAGGUUUUCCGGGGCCAGUGGGUCCCAUUGGUCCACCUGGACCCAGGGGCCACCCGGGACCUCCUGGGGUACCUGCAUCAGGGCUGUUUGUAGUUGGAGAAAAAGGAGAGAAGGGAUUUCCCGGUCCUCCUGGAGUCUGUGAUUGUAGCUUCCCUUCUCUCAGUCCACCUAGUGCCCCAUUACAACGGCGUAACAAAUAUGACAAAGUUCCAGCGAUAUACGUUGUGAGCAGUGAAGAAGAGCUAAAAGGUCUCCACGAAGAUAAUGCACUCGCCUUCAGAAAGGAUCAAAGGUCUCUUUACUUCAAAAAUAAAAAUGGAUGGGAGCCUAUUCAGCUGAUGCCACUCCAGGCGACAGAGAGGAUGAGGGAUGGGAAUGGAGUCUGUGGUGAUGGAGAGUUGCAGGAACUCAACGGGGAGGAAUGCGACGACGGAAACAAGGUUGUUACGGAUGACUGCGUAGGCUGUAAAAAGGCAUACUGUGGCGAUGGAUAUCGUAAUAAGGGUGUGGAGGAGUGUGACGGGAAAGACUUCGGCUACCAGACCUGCAAAUCAUAUCUGCCAGGAACCUUUGGACAGCUCAGGUGCACUGACUCCUGUUUCAUCGACUCAACCGGCUGUAAAUACAGGACCUGAGGCUUACAAAAGUUUCACACAGACACACACACAGAUAUGAGAGAGAGCCUGCUGAGAUCAACAGUAUUUAGCAGAUGAUCUGAGAGGAUUUGGCUGUUUCUGUCUCCCUCACCUCCUUCACACUCAUGUAGACACACACACUAUAAGGUACAACACAACGAGUACAGCACUAUUUGCAGCACUUGUUCUUUGAUUCUAGUAUGUUUUUAAUGGCAGCUGAGCUGAGGGAUGAAUAUUUUAAGUAUGAAGCUGUGUAAUGAAAUUAUUAUGAUUUAAAUUAAUGUAUAAUAUGUUUAUAUGAAAUGAAUGUUUGUUUAGUAUUGCAAAUGCAUGAUUAAGUUUGUGCAUGUUUCCAUAGAUAUAACAUGUUCUCAUUCUCAAGGAACAACGGACUAAGCUGUAUUUCGCUGGUACAUGCAUUGUAAAGCAUGUAUUGUAAAAGCAGGUAUUCAUUGUAUUUAUUUUUUAUUUAUUGAACUGUGUCCAGACUUUUAUGAACUGAUACCUAAUAAUUCUCUGCUUGAUCAUUUUUCACAGAAAAAAAGUAUGUCUUGUAAUGUUUACUUGGGUUAAACAAUAAUUUAUUCAGUCAGAGGAAUAAAUUGCAGUCAUGUCCUGUGAGUGGCACUGUU